AGCAUUCGGAGAUUGGACAAGCCUUUUUAAAAUUAACAUCAAAUUCAAAGCCCAGCUGGUACCUCUCUCUCUCUCUCUCUCUCUCUCUUCGCCACUUCUCAUAAAAUUUUCAGAUCAUAAAAAAAAAGUUUUGAAAAACAAAUUACGGUCAUGACGUCAUGUUGCCGGCGGCUUGGUUCCGGCGCCGUCGCAACAGAACGUCCGGUUCGAUUCCGGCAAUAUCGGCCUGCCGUGAUUUCGCGGUUCCCGCGCAAUAGGGGCAUGGAAAGGGAAGGAAUGGUGUUGAGAUUGGCGGAGAUGCGUUACCGGAGGGUGGAAUGGGCGAUGGGAGCUGGAGGAGGAGGUCGGGGUUGGGAGCGUUCGGAAGCUGGUGGUGGUAGUAGCAGUAAGGAAGGAGGGGAGAAGAAGGUGGGGUCGUGUUCGUACGCGGUGGAUGAUCAGACGGCAGCAGCGGCGGCGGCAGAGAAUUUGGUGGGGAGGAAGUAUCGGGCGGCGGAGGAAGAAAGUGUAAAUCGGACUGUGGAGGUUACGGUAGCGGCAGCGAUGACGGUGGCUCUGGGCGUAGGGAAUCGGGUUUUGUAUAAGCUGGCUUUGAUCCCUCUCAAGCACUACCCCUUCUUUCUCGCUCAGCUCGCCACUUUCGGAUAUGUGGUGGUAUACUUUUCUAUCUUGUAUGUACGGUACCAUGCUGGCAUUGUAACAGAUGAAAUGCUGUCUAUGCCCAAAGCUCCAUUUCUCGCUGUAGGCCUCUUGGAGGCUCUUGCGGCUGUUACUGGAAUGGCGGCUGGAGCAAUUCUUUCUGGAGCAUCAAUUCCCAUUUUGUCUCAGACUUAUCUUGUGUGGCAAAUUAUCCUGUCAAUUAUUUUCCUUGGGAGGAGAUAUAAAGUCAAUCAACUCUUAGGAUGCUUUCUCGUAGCUGUUGGUGUAAUUAUUACUGUAGCAAGUGGAUCAGGUGCUGGACAUUCAUUGAAGGAUGCGGGUAUAUUUUGGAGCCUUAUGAUGAUAGCUUCAUUUUUAUUACAAGCAGCUGAUACAGUAUUAAAGGAGGUAAUAUUUCUUGAUGGUGCUCGGAAAUUGAAGGGAAGCACGGUAGAUAUAUUUGUUGUAAAUUCUUUCGGAUCUGCUUACCAGGCAGUGUUUAUAUUCAUGCUCCUACCUUUUUUGUCAAAAUUGUGGGGCAUCCCAUUUGGCCAGCUCCCAAACUACAUUAGAGAUGGCACAGCUUGCUUUCUAAACAUUGGUACAUUAUCUAAUGGAUGUGAUGGCGCCCCAUUGUUACCUGUGUUGUUUGUUAUUGUCAACAUGGGUUAUAACAUAUCGUUGCUGCACCUUCUCAAGAUCUCGUCUGCAGUAGUUUCUUCCCUCGCAUCAACAUUCUCAGUGCCAAUCUCGGUGUUUAUGUUCACGCUGCCGCUACCAUAUCUAGGCGUGGCAUCAACACUGCCAACAGGUUUUGUAGCUGGAGUGAUUGUUCUUGUCAUGGGAUUACUCAUCUAUGCUCGGACGCCAUCAAUGGCGUCAACUGAUGUCUCAUCUCCUUCUUCCAUAUGAUGCUCAACUCGAGCAUCGGAAACAACAUUGCCCAUCGAGCGCAAUGGAUGACACAGGCCCGGUUUUGGUAGUGGCUAAUGAGACCAAGAUUGUUGUAAUUGUAAUUCGCUUACCUGCAUUCAUUAUCAUUAAUUACUGCGCAAGCAAUCAAAGUUCACCACCGCCCCCCGCCGCCCCCCCCCAAAAAAAAAAAAAAAAGUAGCUUGCCAUAGUGAUUCAUAUUUUAGAAAAGAGAGCUAGCGAAAAAUUACCCCUCCUUCUGCCUAAUCUUGUGUGCACUAUUUUAGUGUGAAGUGCUUGUUAUAAAUCUAAAGAUGGUACCAUCCAAUCGCAAAAACAAAUAAAGAAGAAAAGUUUCUUUUCC